CUUACCCGGCGCAGUUUCGAGAAGCAAUGGAAUGGUAAACGGGUCAAAUCUGCACACUGAGCGCGCCAGACGAUGUAAAUUAAGCGCACAUAAAAUGUGGUACAUGCGCAGACCAUAGUCAUUGGCGCAGACAGCCAGUAAUGUUGACAAACAACUGGGGAGGGGCCAAUUGCACGGUAAGUGUUUCCGAUCUUGUAUGUAGCUAUUGUACAAAUACUGUAUUCUCUAUGCAAUUAAAUGUUUCAAGCAGCGUUGUACAAAUGCCACAUUUUGACAUUUGCCUGGCUUUAUUACUGGCUAAAUAGCUAGUUUACGUUAACUCACAACAUUAGCUAGUAGCAGCUAGCUAUAGCAAAGGUGCUUUGUUUUACUGACCCGUCGCAGCUUGAAGGAACCGCUGGAAUAAUGCAGCUUAAUGCUAAUGCUAGCUACAUAUUCGUAAUUUAUACAAGUAAAUAUCGUUAUGUGUGUUGGUUAGCUACAACUUUAGCACGCUGGAUUUGGCAUUUUGAAUUUUGAUAUUUCGCUGCAGCUGUUUGCAUGACGUCUUCAGCAAUAUAAUGAUCUGCAAAGUUACAGGGUAGUUAUUUGCUGAAUGUUCCACGCUCGCGGCUACAUUGUAGGGGGGCAACAUCGACUGUAACUACUGAAGGGGCCUAAAUAGUACUGUUAUCGCUCCAAUCAAACAUACUGUAUAGCUGGUUCCUAGAUUAUUCUAGAUCGAUACACGCCGAGCCUGUACCAAUGUUUCAGGUUAGUGAUUGGGGUUCUGUAGCCUAGUUUGUUUUCCCCAAAAGAUAACCAGUACCUUUUCCUGUAGCCUGUUUAGCUCCCGGGUGAAUGAAGGAGAUUCUCUUUCCAGUUGACAUUGUCUGUGAAAAUGAAGGGGUGAGCUAACAAAACAUUGAUUUAACCAUAAUCCAUUUGAACCAAAUCUACUUCCACAUGAUUUGUUGUAAUGAAUUUGAGUGUUGGGCUGGAUGGUCAUAUUCUAGCACAAGUUGAAAGAGUGGUGUGUUACUGUAUAUUAACAUUGUUAUUCUUAUUUCGUUAUGUAGUCAACAGAAAAGCCCUGACCCGGAUGAAAGUGCACAUGUCAUUGAAGAAGGUAAUGUCAUGUAGAAAGGAAAUAAUGCCCCUCAAAACAUCAGAAGACAAGACACCCGUGGUAUUUUCUUGCUGAUAUUAUAGAGACUAUGUGUUCUGAUUUUUCUCUACCAGGUGCAGUGGCUACAGCAGAUGACCCAUCAGCUGCCAUCGCCACCAUUCAGUCUGCCGCCACCUUCUCCUCAGAGCAUCCCAUAAAGUAUCUAUUCAAGACUGAGGGAGCAGGGGGGCAGGUAGGGGAGCUGUACUACCCUCCCACUGGUCAGGUACAGUUAGGGAGAGCAUACUCUACAGGGCUCACUAGAUCUAGCCGAAGUCCCUGAGCUAGAGCUCUGAGCCCAGCCAUUGCCCAUCCAUAGUUUUCUGAGGCUCAGUCUUCUGUCAUUACUAAUGACCGAAUUGAUGUUUCGCUCAACAAACCUGUGUGUUUUAUUUUGCUGAAGGUGACAUACAGAGUCAUCCAGGUGUCUGAUGGACAGUUGGAGGCUCAAAGUGAUGGAGCCACAGCGGUCAGUGUGCUAACUGGAUUUCCUGCAGCCACACAGCCUGUGACCCAGGUGAGAAUUUAUAUGAGCAGGACUUGGGACCCUCUCAGCGGGAAACACUGGUUGAAAUGAUAUACAAAUAAGUCAUUUCAACCAGUUUUGCCCACCAGGCUAGUAGUAUUCAAUCAGUCAGAUUCUGGAAAUCAAACAUAGCAUUGUUUUUAAUCUGGGAUAAUAAAGAUUCUCUAUUAUAUUCCUCUACUUCUACUACUCACUGUGUACAGUUUUCAUUGUUAUUCAACACUGACAAAGGUGUCCUCUUGCUGUAGGCUGUGUUCUCUCAGUCCGAGGGGUUGGAGGGGGACAGCACUGAGACUCAUUACACCUACUACCCUGCCACCAUCGCUGAUGCUUCACCAGGCACCAUGGUAACCAGCGUGGUGCAGGCAUCUGAUACACAUCUAAGUCAGAGCACUCCCACUGGUGAGGAGAUUAAGGAGACUCAAUCACAUAUAAAUAGAAUUGCUAGAUAGAAUGAAUAGCUCUUAUUUUUAUGCUCAAUCAGGUUGUGCAUUUAUUUCCAGUUGGCUUUCCAUUGUGAUUGCCAUUUGAUAUUGAUACAUUUAUAUUGACAAUUUGGAUUGAAGGAAGCAGGGGAAUUCUUUGUUCUUUGUUUCAGGGCAGUUGUAUGUGAUGAUGUCCCCCCAGGAAGUGCUGACGGGAGCCAACCAGAGGUCCAUUGCACCUCGCACACAACCUUACAACACGUAAGCUGCCAUUUUGAUCAGUGCAGUAGGUACUGGACUGGAGAAGCCAGGAGAAUCAUCACAGUUACCAUACUAGUUAGUCACACUGUCCUGUGUCCAUUCAUGAGUUUCUUUGUGUGUUGGGUUAUAAUUACUUAGCCUUGUUACUGUUUUAGCAUCACAUAUGGAUGUGUGCAUCCGUAUCCUGUGUAUGACAACCGUUAUCAUUGUAAUAUAUCUGUUUUAUUAAUGUCUAUACUGAUUGUGUCUGGCAGAAAAUCAGAGAUCCCACGCACUUCUAGAGAUGACAAAAGGCGAGCCCAGCACAACGAGGGUGAGACCUAGAUACCCAUCAUAAAUUACUCGUACAAUACUUAAUAUGAAAUGUCUCUUAAAUGCUAGUUGGGUUUGCAUGUCAUAAUGAGCACAGAAUCAUAUGUUGCCCUGCCAACUUACUCAAAUUUGUCAUUGUGUAAUUUGUCUCCAAGUUGAACGUAGACGCAGGGACAAGAUCAACAACUGGAUCGUCACGCUCUCAAAGACCAUCCCAGACUGCAAUAUUGACCCUACCAAGUCAGGGCAGGUCAGUAUCAGCAAUGAGGUCAGUAUCACCAUAAAAGGGGUCACUAUCAAGUCUCAUGAGUAUGGCCAGGAUUUUUUCCUGACCAUGUUACCUGACUAGAAAUAACUUAGCUAUAAAAACGAGGACCCAGUUUUUCCUUGUCAGAACACAUUCUCAGGAAAAACCUCCUGGCCCUACAUGGGAGAGGGUGACAUGGUCUUUGUGUUUUGGUCCAGAGUAAAGGUGGGAUCCUCUCCAAAGCCUGUGACUAUAUCCAGGAGCUCCGGCAGAACAACCUCCGGCUAGGGGAUGACCUAAGCACCCUGGAGAGGCUCAGAAUGGACAACCAACUACUGAGGCAGGAGGUAAAACACUACGGCUGCAUUUACAUAGGCAGCCCAAUUCUGAUAUUUUGCCCAAUUAUUGUAGAAAGAGCUGAUCUGAUUGGUCAAAAGACCAAUAAGUGGGAAAAUAUCAGAAUUGGGCUGCCUGUGUAAACAGCCUACUAUGAUUCGUUCACGCUUUAUAAUAGGUUCAGAUUUUGAUUUUGCUGAUCAGGCUGUAGGAUUAGUGAGUGAGUGAGAGAUUUUUGUGCUAUCAUCAAUCCUGUUCACCUACUUACUACAAUACUAAUUAUAUGCAAUCACACAGAACCACAGAAAAUGUGUUUGAGAUUUGACUACAUUGUAGUCGGACUGCACAGCAUCACUGAUCUAUGAAUCACCUUGCAUUCAAACAACUACUUAUUAACUACUAAUAAAGUGAUCAAGGUUAGGGGUUCUGUACCUCGCCGUGCUCAAACUGUACCCCUCAAACAUGCUGAAAAUGUAACUUGCGAACAAAAUACCAAACCUUAGGACAACUUUUCACGAAAAUCCAUGCAUCAGCUGUAAUAAUAGGCUUUUUUUAAAGCUGCUUUUCCCCUCCAAUUUUUCACAGGUAGAAGACUGGAAAUCCAAGAACCAGAUUCUGAGGAACCAGCUGCGACAGAAUGGCAUUGUUGGAGCAGCAAGCGCAGACCCUCAGUGAGGAGCAGCAUGGGUAGUCAGGGGAGAGGACAGAUGUUGGAUCAUAGAAUAGGAAUAUCUCAGUGGAGGAAUGGUAGAAUUAACAUGUGACAGAACUUUGGACCUCAAACCAGAAGAAAUUUCUCCACUUCACUACAAAAUCAGUCUGAAGGAGUUUGCAGAUAGGUCAUUAAAUGGUCACAUUUUACAUAAGGAACACCAUGUUAGCUCUUAUAAGUAAAGAUUUUUCCCACAGCUCUUCAGCUGUCAUGUACAUACAAUUGUUUAGCUUUUUUACCUUUGACACAUUUGCGCUUCAUUGUCAAGUAUAUUUAGUAACUCUUAGUAUAAGUUUCAAAAUACAUUUACAGUCGUGGUCAAAAGUUUUGAGAAGGACACAAAUAUUAAUUUUCACAAAGUCUGUUGCCUCAGUUUUUAUGAUGGCAAUUUGCAUAUACUCCAGAAUGUCAUGAAG